AUGCACGUUAAUAGAAUAAGGGAACACUUUAAUAAAACAACAAGAAUUUCUGUCAUUCAGUCAUUAGUCAUGAGUAUAAUUAAUUAUGGGAUCAGUAUCUGGGGAGCUACUAAUGCUUCUCAAAUACAUCGCGUGCAAAAACUACAAAAUUUUGCAGCAAAGGUAGCACUUGGAGGAGCUCCCAGGAGUGAACACGCUACUCCAUUUAUCAAAGAACUUGGCUGGCUCAAAAUAAAACAGAAACAUACUUUUGAAAUCAGAGUAAUUAUCUACAAACUCAUUAAUAAAAAAGUUCCUAAUUGGGCGUUCCCGCUGCCAACAGUGGGCGAGAGGCACAACCUAAACGUCAGCACGAGGCAAUCUGAACAGCUCUUCGUCCCCAUGUGCAGCACUAACUUGGGCACCAAGUCCCUCCAAGUUGCCGGACCCACACUAUGGAACAGCUUUCCUAACAACGUAAAAAAUACUACCUGCCUUAACACUUUUAAAACACGUCUGAAAAUACAUCUUUUCAACAAACAAUUUGAAUUGUGA